UUCUCUUCCUAUUUGGGUACUAGGUCCAAUAAGCUCAUUGUCACUCGUAAAAGGAGAUAUGCCCUUUCAUUGUACCAUGAUAGUGGUAUGGGUGAUUCUAGGGAGAAAUGGAGAAGUAGUGUUCAUAACCCCUUUGUUCUUCCUCGGUUUGAUUUUGUUUUUGUGCAGGAAAAGGAUUGAAGAACAUAAAAUACUCAAUGGAUAUUCACAGCCAACAAUACAAGGAAAAGGAUUGAAGAACAUAAGGUACUCAGUGGGGAUUCACAACCAACAAUACAAGUGGCCACAGAAAGAUAUGACGACGGAGCUUUUGAAACUUCCCAUCGUUGACUUGUCGUCGCCGGAUCGCUCUUCUACCGCCGCUACAAUCCUACAGGCUUGUACGGAGCAUGGGUUCUUUUAUCUGGUGAAUCAUGGAGUGGAGAAGGAGCUUUUACAGAAGGUUUUCAACGAGAGCAAAAAGCUUUUCUCACUCCCUUUGGAGGAGAAGAUGAAGUUGGGUCGCAAGGAUCAUCGAGGCUAUUCCCCACUUUUUGCUGAGAGUCUCGACCCUGAUUUGGUCCCCAAAGGGGACCCCAAAGAGAGCUAUUAUAUUGGUCCUUUAGAAGAAGAUUCCACUCCAGUUAAAUUGAAUAAGUGGCCUUCUCAAGAAACUCUACCUUCUUGGAGACCUACAAUGGAGACCUUCUAUAGAAAACUUAUGUGUGCUGGGAAAAGGUUGCUUCGUUUGAUUGCCUUUGCAUUGAAAUUGGAGGAGACUUUCUUUGAGAUAGUUGGGGGCUUGAAUAAACCAACAGCGUUUCUUCGCCUUUUGCGCUACCCAGGUGAACUUGGAUCCUCUGAUGAAGAUAUAUGUGGAGCUUCAGCUCAUUCAGAUUAUGGAAUGAUAACCCUUCUUGCAACUGAUGGUGUUCAAGGACUUCAGAUCUGUAGGGAGAAAUUUAAGCAACCACAGGUCUGGGAAGAUGUUCUUCAUCUAGAUGGGGCAUUGGUCAUUAAUAUUGGGGACAUGAUGGAGAGGUGGACUAAUUGUUUGUUCAGGUCGACACUGCACCGAGUGAUACCAGUAGGGCAAGAGCGUUAUUCUGCAGCUUUCUUCUUAGACCCUAAACAGGAUUGUCUGGUGGAAUGUCUAGAAAGUUGUUGUAGCGAGUACUCUCCUGCAAGAUUUUCCCCAAUCCUAAGUGGUGACUACCUCAAAGAGCGGUUGAGGCUCACAUAUAGGUCGAGUUUUGAAAGCAUAAGCUAAACGAUCUAAGUAUGCUUAUCAUGGUAAUUUGUACCAGGAAGAUUGUAUUUGGUUUGUGAUUUAUAAUUUUUCUUAGCUCGACUUUCUUCCUUUCUUAAUUUAGAAAUGUCAAUUAGAUAAUGCUCCUUGUCAAAACUAAUUCGUACCAGGAAGAUUGUAUUUGGUUUGUGAUUCAAACUGCACCAAAUUUCGCAAUGUGAUUUGCAAUUUGAGAUUUUGUAAUUAUUGUUCAAAUUGUACUA